GGACACAUACACGCAUAUACAUAACAAGCAUUCAUCAUCCUCAUCAUCCUCAUCAUCCUCACCCUCAACAGUGUUCUUUUCUACAUUCCUUACAAAGGCCCAAACCCCGCAUCGUCUCUCUUCACUUCACCUGCUCGUGUUCGCCGCCCUUUUUCUUGUUUUUUUUCCUCGCACAAAGCAUCUCACUCCUUUACUUUUUCACUCACCUCACCCACUUUCAUCAUGAUGUCUGACGAGGAAGAUUUCGACUGCCCUCUCUGCAUGGAGGAACUUGACAUCUCGGACAGAAACUUCCGCCCCUGUCCUUGCGGCUACCAGAUUUGUCGCUUUUGCUGGCACCACAUCAAAGAGGAUCUCAAUGGUCGAUGCCCUGCUUGCCGAAGAAUCUACUCGGAGGAGACAGUAGAGUUUACUCCGAUUUCCGCUGAUGAAUUGGCCAUGAUCAAGAAUGAGAAAAAGGCCAAAGAGCGUGAGAAGAAGGAAAUCGAGGCUAUGAACAGGAAGCACCUCUCUAACAUGAGGGUGGUGCAGAAGAGCUUGGUUUAUGUCAUCGGCCUACCUACGAAACUAGCCAACGACGAGCACACUUUGAGGCAACACGAAUACUUUGGUCAGUACGGAAAGAUUUCAAAGGUGGUUAUCAACCGCAGGAAUGCGCCAAUGCCCGUCGGAGGAUCUUCGCCUGGUAUACCGAGUGUCGGAGUGUAUAUCACGUAUGCACGCAAGGAGGAUGCAGCAAAGGCCAUUGCUGCGAUCGAUGGGAGCAUAUGGGAUGGCAAGAUUCUUAGGGCAUCAUACGGCACAACAAAGUACUGUACAUAUUACCUGCGUGGUAUGACAUGCCAAAAUCCAAAUUGUAUGUACCUGCAUGAGCCGGGUGAAGAUGCUGAUAGCUACACUAAGGAGGACCUCGCAGUCGGGAAACACCAUUUGCAAGAUCAUAUAGUCCCAUACGAUCCCUCUAUACACAAACCCGCCGCUCUCGGUCGUCCGACACUAACCUCCCAGUCAUCCAGCACGUCGUUGACACCAAGGCCCAAACCUGUCACAGUACCAUCCUACCAUGCUCCCUCUUCCUCGCUCGCUGACUGGCCAGCACCGGGCGAGAGGUCGCAUCACGAUGACAAAGACAAAGAGGAAGAAGGCUCUGCUUUACCAGCAACAGCUUCUUGGGCAAAGCUAGGCAGCAAUCCCUCUACGCCCACCUUGAUGAACUCCAAGCCAUUGCCCAGGAGGACAACAACGGAACCACCACCACUGCACGCAAAGGGAUCCACAUCGUCUAUCAUCACUGGGAUCGUUGUCAACAAUGGCAAACAAAAAGAUCAUUCUCUCUCCACAGAUUCACCUGCUUUGGACUAUUCACCUACGCCGGCGGAGGCUUUAGCGAUCGAAGCUGCGGCGAAACAACAGAUGCUGCAGGAACAGCGUCAGCUUCAGGAGCAACAGCGCAAGCUUUUGAGGAAGCAGCAGAAACAGCAGGAGGAAACGGAAUACCAAGCGGAGCUCUUGAACCAAAAGCUGAGGAAGCAACAGCAACAGGAACAAGAGCGAGAACAGCAGGAGCUCCAGAAACAAAAGCAGCAGCAAGAGAUGGAGCAGAAACUGCAAUCCCAAAAGGAAAAGGAGCAGCAGCGGACGGAACAGAAGGAGAAGGAAGCGCUGAAGAAGAAAGAAAAGGAACUUAUAGAGGAGCAGGAACGCAAAGAGAAGGAGCAGAGGGCCAAGGAGGAGAAGGAGCAAUUAGAGAGGGAGCUUGAAGAGCAGAAGCGGAAGCAAAUGGAGAGUAUGUUUGUCAGCGCACCGACCCUGAACCUCGGCUCAUUUUCGUUCAAUCCGGACCCCUCUUUGACUACACAGCCCACAUCCUUUGGUGGUGGAAGCGGUCUGAUAUCUCUCGGAUCCGAGACACCAGGUGCGUUUGGUCUAGACAGUUUUUCGGCCUUCUCCAACCUUCCGGCGACGCCGACCCAUUAUACCGGCUCGUUCAACCCAUUCUCGAUGGAUGAUGAACCCCUCAUGCGACGAUCCGUAGCCCCAGCAACACGGUCUUUCCUGGAUGACAGCGAUUAUGACCCAAUCAUUGAUCGCAGUCGUCCCGUUGGACCGCCUAUUCCCGGGAAGCCUCGACAGACGUCUCGAUUUGGCUUUGCUAUGGACAACCAGUACAGUGAUCCCCUUACCCAUGAGGGAUAUUCCACCCCGCAGGCAAUGCAGGAUGGCUUUAGGGCUCUGUUCCCCAACGUCAAUGUCAGCUUUGGUGCCACCAAUGCCUUGUUGAGUGCCCAGCAACAACAGCAGCAGCAGCAGCUUCAACAACAGCAGCUUCAACAACAGCAGCUUCAACAACAGCAGCAAUUCACACCUUCUCCUCUAUUCCAUCGUCAAGCAGCCAUGCCGAGCGCAGGCUGGGAUGGCGGUAAUAAGCAGGAUGUGUCGAUGCUUCAAAGAGACAUGGGCCAGCUCAGUAUGGACCCAAUGCUGACAACGCCCAGCUCUCGUAUGGCUGAAUAUCAUCAACAGCUUCAGAUGCAACAACACACUCAACGAAGUGGACCGCCUGGUAUCACUCGUAACUCUCUUACACCUUCGACAGUAAAGUCCCCUCCUCCUGGUUUGGGCUCUGUUUCUCGCUCUGACCUUGGCGACUGGACAGGGCAGCAAAGGCAGCAGCAGCAGCAGCAGCAGCAAUCGUCAAGGAUGAGUAGCUGGAGUGGCGAAGUCGGCAUGGACUAUCUGAAGAGCCCCGGAUCUGCAACUGGUCAAGGCAAUACACAGGACUUUUUAGGAUCAUUCUUGAAAGCCGCCGCUCCUUCGCCACAUGAUCAGAGUCAGAAUCAGACUGCCUAUCUCUCUUCUGGUAAUCAAGGUACGCAACGAGGAUCGGACACGUUGUUGUUUAGCAUUUAACAUUGUUGCAGGGUAAUCGUCUAACUAUUGUAUGC